AUGGCGGCUAUUCCAGUGAUUGUCAAGCACCAGGGCAAGAAGCACGAACUCGAGGUCGACACCACCUCCAACGGUGAGACCUUCAAGUACCAGCUCUUCUCCAUCACCGGCGUCGAACCCGAGCGACAGAAGAUCCUGGUCAAAGGCGGCCAGCUGAAGGAUGACGCCGACAUGUCGAAGCUGGGGCUUAAGUCCGGGCAAACGAUUAUGAUGAUGGGCACGCCGUCCGGCGACAACACGAACGUCAUUGAGAAGCCCAAGGAGAAGAUCAAGUUCCUGGAGGACAUGGACGAAGCAGAGGCAGCUCAGCUUGAAGGCGCCACACCAGCCGGUCUGCAGAACUUGGGCAACACAUGCUACAUGAACUCCACGCUGCAGGUACUGAGGUCUGUCCCUGAGCUGCAGGAGGAACUUCUGCGGUACUCUAACAGCGGCGCCGGUUCGUCCAGUUCAGCAAAUGCGCUCAGCCAGUUUGGCCUCGGCGGCCUUGGUGCUUCCGCAGACCUUACAGGUUCUCUCCGCGACCUUUUCAAGCAGAUGGGCGAGACCCAGCAAGGGUUCCCCCCUCUCAUGUUCCUCAACGCCCUACGAACCGCCUUCCCACAAUUCGCGCAGAAAGCUAAAGAUGGACACGGUUACGCUCAGCAGGAUGCGGAGGAAGCUUGGUCACAGAUUGUUGCACAGCUGCGACAGAAGCUGCAAAUCAAGGACGAGUCCGACACAGAGAAGAAGGCGGACGUGUCUUGGAUUGACAAGUACAUGGCCGGCAAGUUCGAGUCGGUGAUGGAGUGUGACGAGCCUCAAGCGAAAGAAGCGGGUGAGGAAUCAGUCACUGGCGAGGACACCUUCUUCAAGCUGAACUGUCACAUUAACGUUGAGACAAAUCAUCUGCGAGACGGACUUGCUGCUGGCUUGAAGGAGCAAAUCGAAAAGCAUUCUGAGGUUCUUGGCCGGAACGCGGUUUACACGAAGACAUCCAAGAUCUCGAGGCUUCCUGUUCACCUGCCAGUACACUUCGUUCGAUUCGACUGGCGUCGUGACACAAACAAGAAGGCGAAGAUUAUGCGAAAGGUCACAUUCCCCGACGAGCUGGACGCGAUAGAAUUCUGCACGGAGACCCUGCGGAAGCAGUUGGUUCCUAUACGCGACAAGAUUCGUGAUGUACGCAAGGAGGAGCUUGACGUUGAGCGCGCGCGCAAGCGCCAGAAGCGCCUGAAGGCUGGCGAGGAGAACGACACCGACCCGCUCGCACAGAAGGAGCCCUUGCAAAAGAAGAAGGAAGCUGCGGACAAAAAGGAGGAAGCAAGCAAGCCCGCGGAGCCCGUUGAGGAGAUUGAGUACAAGACAGACGCCCAAAUUGAGGCUGAGCGCGCAGCAUCGAUCUUGGCUGCGAAGAAGGAGGUUCUUUCUCUAGUCAGUCCGGAGCUUGCUGCAGACGAUGGCUCCAAUCAGACAGGUCUCUACGAGCUGCGUGGUGUGAUUACGCAUCAAGGAGCCAGUGCUGACAGCGGCCACUACACCUCCUUCGUCAAGAAGCAAGGCGCAAAGGACCCUGUGACGGGCAAGAGAAAGGCUGAAGAUGGCAAGUGGUGGUGGUUCAACGACGACAAGGUCUCCGAGGUUGAUGCCGAGAGGAUUCAGACACUCUCUGGCGGAGGUCAGAGCCACUCGGCUCUGAUCCUCCUAUACCGAGCUGUACCGCUUCCCACCGUUGACGAGGACGUAGAGAUGUCUUAA